AUGUGGGACAAACUGCGAACGGCUCCCCACAAACGGAGCGGUGUCGCGCCCGAAGACGGCGGGGUAUGGACGGGCCUGAAUUACAGCACUCGGAAUGCAUCCAAAGGAUACAGUUAUUCCAUCAAAGGCGGACCGGCUCCUCCGCGGCCACCGAGAGAAUUCGUCGAGUCUCAUUACAUGCUUGUUUGGGGCAACCACUCAGUGCAAACAAGUGGACGACAUUUUAAACCCCAGCAUCGCUCCAGCCCCCAGUGUCCUCAUCCCGCAAAUAGCGAAACCGAUCACCCCGUGCGGGAGCCAGCUCCGCCCAAGCCGAGCCGAAUGACGGCGCGCAUGUCGAAUUACCGUCCAGCAUCCUCCAUCUACUCACAACAAAACUCUCCCCGCGUGUUUCCCGGCUAUUCAGCAAACCUGGCGGCCAGGCACGGUUACCGGUACGGCGAGACCGAUGAGAUAUCUCCGCCAAGCUCCCCGGAGCUUGACGGCCGACCCGGGGAUAGCUUCUUGUCGGACGAGGUUUCGCCGAUAGACGAGGAUGACAGCCUUUUUGUGCCUAGAAAUGACUACUCGAAUAGUACGAGACCGGUUGGGACCAUCACCCCAGAACCCCGGCCAGCUAAACAAAGCUCUCCGCAAAACCAUGGGGGGACUAGCAUCCCCAUGAUGCGCCGGGAACGCCGGAAACAGUUGGAAGCGGCAACCCGCGGUGUGCACUCGGUCCAGCGUGGUCCGGCGGAGCAGCAAUCGCGGGAUCCAUCCGCCCGCGAACCGCCACGGUGGGAUCCACUUACCGGCGAACGGACGAGCAGCUCCCGGGGUCGGCCGUCACAGGUCACCCCAGCGGCUUUUGCCCAAGGCUUGGGAAUCACAACACAAGUGGAGGCGCCGCAAAGCAGUCCCACAACGGCGCCUCCGUCUUUUGGUGACCGGGUUCGGAGGAUUGCCAAGAAAGCGGCGGCCUCCAUGGAGGGUAACACAGACCCCGCCGCCGGCGCAUUCACAUCAUCGCGCCCUGUUUGGCGCGGGGCAAGCGGGCGGACUGCUCUAGUUGAUCCUGUGCACGAUAACCCGGAAGUACCGCCUCUCAGAAUCCCAGAGAAGAGUUCAAAGAGGAGUACCGCGGCGACGGCUGGACUUGGUUCAAAAUUUGGUCUUACGCUGGGCGGCCCGCUACGGCGCGGCCAAACGCCACCAAUGAGCCCACCUCCUCCUGAAACAGCCACACCAGUUGGCCCGCAGGAGACGGUCCGGAAAACUAUCUCUUCGUCCCAGCACAUUCCAGCUGGGACGCGGUUGCAAUCCCCUACCGGGGAAAGCUAUCCGAGUCCUCCCCUCUCAGGAACUCCGUUCGCAGUAGACGCGCCCGCGCUGGCCGCCAGGGAGCUCGCACAGGAAGCUCUGGCAGGUAACCAGGCUCUUCCGAGCCCUCUGUUCAACAACAGUCCGUCCGAAUCUACUAUCCGCAGGAAGCCGUACCCGGUGCAGGCAACCGCCCAGCAUCAACACCAAGAAUCUGUGUCGUCCGUUUAUUCCCAACCCGACGCGCCGCAACCUCCACCCCUGCACAUCCCAAGAAAGCAAGCAGCAGCGCCCAGCGCCGACGAGGAGCCCUAUGUGCCGCCCCCGUCCCGGUUCAGCAUCACAACCUACGCUACUAGCCAUACUGGCACCACCCGAGAAGACGGCGACGACUUUGUCGACGAGCACCAACCCCCCGUACCCGCAUUACCCGCCGACUCCAGGCAUCAUAACGAUAACCCGAACGGUAGCCGAACCAACCGACAGCAUUCCGACCACAGCCCCAUCAGGUCCCCCAUCGACCAAUUCAUGACCUCCCCCUUUGCGUUUGACGACGACUCUCAGCGCCGCCACCAACAAGAACAAGCCAUGGCCUCGGCCGCAAACCCAGCCAUUGCCCGCGUCCAGAACGCGCACGCGCAAGCACACGCCCCUGACCGCCCCGCCUCGCGGGCCUCGGACGUCAACAAGACGCUUCCGCCGGCGCCGCCCGAGGCGUCAGCCGGAGAAGCGCAGGACCGCGUGGCCAUGCUCGACGCGCAGCUGCGGGCGCUGGCGAACCGGCGCAUCAACAUCAACCGCUCCAUCAAGCAGAUGACGGAGCUGAUGCCGACCGACAAGCUCAUGAACAGCUCCGAAGUGGUGCGCAAGCGCGACGAGGAGAAGCGCAAGGUCGAGGCCCUCAAGGCCGAGCUCUCCGAGGUGCAGCGCGAGGAGUACGAGCUCGGGCUCAAGCUCCACCGCGCCUACAAGAGGCUCGACCGUGAGGCCGAGUGGGAGCCUACCACACUCUGGGUGAGGAGGGUUACUAGUGCUGGGUAA